AUGUUUAACAAAGUCAUAGAAUCUCUUAAACCAAUUGAAAACGACAUAAAAAAUCCCGGUGUUCUUGUAGACCUUUUCGCCUCAAAAUUACCAGUUACAACUAAUCUAAUAGCAACACAAGCUAUAGAGCAAUUUAUUUUAUGUUUUCCCAAGCAAUAUAGACAACACCUGAGGGAAACAAGAAUAGGAAAAUUUCAAUUGGUGUAUCCUACAACAUACAACUAUUACGAAGAAGCAAAUGAAUAUGGAGAACUCUCAUUCCAUUUCACACUUUCAGUUCCUGAGGGAGAAGAAAAAGCAAUCUAUCAUGUACAAUCUCUUGCAGGAUGUGAAGGAAAACCUCACAUAAUAACUACUGUUGCAAUUGACAAACCUGCAAGAGUCGAAGACGAUGUUUUGUUCGCGUCCAUUGCUGGUUUUGGCAUGGGAGAACCAAUUCCAAUUUCCCAUUUCACAGAAUACUCAGCACAACAUUUUCAAAAUGUAGAAUUCGUGUUCUACGACCAUCAAAAGUUCCUGCUAACAAAACCAAAGAAACAAUUUGUCUCAAUAUUUGUUGCUGGUCAUGUGGCUGACAAAGAGCCAUCAGAUACUGACUAUGAAGAAGAGGAGGAGGAAGAAGAAAACGAUAACGAUGUCGUUCUUAUCGAAUAA